AUGACCAAAACAGACGUGGAGGCGGGAAGGUCGAAGGAGGAGAUUCCUCAUGACCACCUAUUCAAAGUAACGGGACUUUCUUCGACUAAUCUGGAGAAGCUGGCAAAAGAGCCAGCAUCAGAUUUCGAAGAAGCGAUAGCAGCGACGCAGUACGGUUGGCACAAUGUGUGGCUCAUGCUGUGCACCUUGCCCGCCUUCUGGAGCGCUGUCUCCGUCACCAGCGCCACUUCUUACAUCUUUACACGAGCCCAAUGUGAUAUUGGGCUGAAGCUACUCGAUAUGGGAACACUUAAUAGUAUCACUUAUGGCGGCAUGAUUUCAUCAGCCCUGGUGUGGGGCUUCCUCUCUGACACCCUCGGACGUCGUAAGAUCCUGGUUUGGGGAUUCUUCUGUUCGGGACUGGUAGAAAUAGCUGCUGCGAUGAGCCAGAGCUUCACCAUGCUGCUUAUUACGCAAUUCGCUAGUGGUUUCUUAUUUAAUGGGCCUUUCGCAGUUUUGAUCUCGUAUUUGGCUGAGAUGCAUCGUUCGGAACUGCGCGCGCGCGUCAUUCUUCUCACUAGCCUCUUCUACACUAUUGCCAACGCCACACUGCCAUUGUUAGCUUGGGCUACACUCACACAGGAUUGGCAUUUCAGACCCUUUGGCGAUCUUUUUGUUAUCCACGCAUGGAAUCUCUUUCUACUGGCUGCCGCUUUAGUUCCUCUACUCUCGGGUGUGGCUUUCUUCUUUAUGCCAGAGAGCCCCAAGUUCCUCAUGUCCAGAGGCCGAAAUGAUGAAGCCCUGGAGAUUUUUAGGAAUAUAUAUGUGAUGAAUACUGGAAAACCUGCCGAUACAUUCCCAGUCAAAGUAUUGGAAGAAGAAAAAAGCUCUCAACAAGCUCGCGGGUUGGCGGCUCUGAAGGCCGGUAAAGAGCAGAUGGCUCCCCUGUUCAAACCACCAUACGCCGCUUACUUGAUACUCAUAUGCUUCACGCAUAUUGGUUGCAUGUUUGGCUCGAAUACUAUAAGACUGUGGUACCCUCAACUGGCUGCAAUGAUAGGGGCACAUACAACAGAGAAUAUCUGCUCAGCAAUAGCACCAGCUCAGGUGGUGAUAGAUGAGACCGCAUGUCAACCAAUCGAGACCAGUCUUCUAACUUACCUCCAGAGUAUGGUGGUGGGGGCAGGGUCUAUACUUACGUAUGGCAUUGGUGGUGUACUGAUUAAUCGAUGCGGCAAGAAGUUAGUAGCGGGUGUGUGCGCCAUCUUGAGUGCCUUGGUGAUAGCUGGACUUCCCUUCCUUGGAACCAGCGCUGCAAUGGUCACUGGUAUCGUUACAGCUGCGUUGGCAUUCUCUUCGCUGACUGGUGCCUCUCUAUCCAGCAUUACUGUUGAUCUCUUCCCAACGUCUUUAAGGGUGAUGGCAAUGGCUACUUUCCUGAUGUGCGGUAGACUUGGUACAAUAACUGGGACAAUCGCCUUCCCAGCACUCAUUGAUUACGGCUGUUUGCCACCGUUCUUCACCAUUGCUACAGUUUUAUUAUCGUGCGGAGUUGCUUGUUUCUUUAUACCAAAUACGACAAUGAAAAAACUGGAGUAA